GUUCAGCCCCAUUCUAGGUUGCAUGGCCUGAGAAUGUUAUCGCCUAACUCCAUGUCUCUCCCCUCCCCGUCUAGUUUCAGGAAACCUCAUCGUGGAGGUCAUCUAGAAAAAGCUACUACGAGAAAGCCAAGACUGUAACCAGGACUCGCUUCUGACCAUUCUAGACUGGGGAACAGGCAGGCGCCAGGGAUUCUUGGAACGUCCCUCUCAAGUCUUUGGAGGACAUUAAGUUCUGUUGGAAGACAAAGGGGAUUCAAUAUGGCAGCAGGACUGAAGGGCCAUGAAGGAGUUGUUACAAUGACUUGGUGACAUUUCUUCCAAACUGCAGUGGCUUAAAGGAAAAAGCGGACCCAAGAAACUCCUCCUCUGGACUUUUAGAGUUGCUUUAAGUGUGAGACCAGCAUGGCUCAGGUAAAACACUCUAGAGUCCUCCUCCUUCAAGAUCUCUGGGAAGCGAGUUUGCAGUUUCACUCUUGAAUGCUGCCUUAGUCAACAUACUGACCAACCCAGUGAGCAGCCCUCUGUAAUAAGCACCAGGGGGAGAUCUAGAGGAAGGAAAGGAGACUGGCCACUGCUCCUGCCUCAGGGAGCUUCCAGUCAAAUGAAGGAGGCAAGUCUCCUGGCUUGUGAAGGCCUAGCAGGUGUGAGUUUGGUUCCCACUGCAGCCAGCAAGAAGAUGAUGCUGAGCCAGAUUGCCAGUAAGCAGGCGGAGAAUGGAGAACGGGCAGGUACCACUGAAGUGCUGAGGUGCUCAAGUCAGGGCCACCGCAAAGACAGCGAUAAGUCCCGGAGCCGCAAAGAUGAUGCCAGCUUGGCUGAGACCUCGCAUUCCAAAAAGACUGUUAAAAAGGUGGUGGUUGUAGAACAGAAUGGCUCUUUUCAAGUAAAGAUCCCAAAAAAUUUUACUUGUGAACACUGCUUUGGAGCCUUUAGGAGCAGUUACCACCUCAAGAGACACAUCCUCAUUCAUACAGGUGAGAAGCCAUUUGAGUGUGACAUAUGUGAUAUGCGCUUCAUCCAGAAAUACCACCUGGAGCGCCACAAGCGUGUACACAGUGGUGAAAAGCCGUACCAGUGUGAGCGGUGUCACCAGUGUUUUUCUCGGACAGAUCGAUUACUCAGACACAAACGGAUGUGCCAAGGGUGCCAGUCCAAGACUUCCGAUGGACAGUUUUCUCUCUAGGCGCCAGGGGCCCUGGGUGGUGGGAACGAUCAGAAGCAUCUACUGAAGAGCGCAGCCCCUCUGGCCUCAUGGUCCCACCACCACCCAUCGGUGCCUGUCCCCCUCCUGGAGGAGUGGACCCAGGAGGCAGAAGAGUGCAUCGGGGACAGUGGCCCCAGAGCCUCAGUUCUGUAAAUAAUCUGAGACUUUGAGUAUCUCGGGGAAGUUCCUGCAGCAUUCCUAGGUAGGGAAACUUGUCUCUGGACCCUUGGCUGAGGUCCUAGGUGGGGGACUCCGGGUACAGGACCAAGACUGAACCACAACCUUGGACGCUGACUGGCAGCUGACACAGAAAACGUUGGGGUGAGGGAUUUGUUCGUUCUGUUGUUUUUGUUUAGCCAUAAGCAAUUUCAGCAGGUGCGCUGUGGAAACCCGUAAUCCAGAGACUUGGAGAGCAGGACUCUGGCCGGUCCAGCCCGGGCCCCCAACACAUUGACUUGAUUGUGUCGCAGUUGACCCUGGAUGGUUCACGGCCCUGCGCCUCACCUGCUGGAGCACAGGAGCAGGGCUCGCAGUUGAACUCACCGUCCUGCUUAUACACUGUAGGGACAGGUGGAAGAUCCAUGGGAGGAGCCGAGAAGAGAGGCCAGGUACCUUUAUUUCCUCCAGGGAAGAGCAGGAGUUGUGCCCCAGGCUCUUGGAAUGGCCCCUGCCGCUCUGGUACCCAGUGGGGUCAGCUCAAGUGCCUUUAGGAGGAAACUUAGCGGAGGGGCACAGAAAGCCCUUCCUUCUCUCUCUAGGCAGUUGAUCCUGGAGAUUGUUUGUGGCUACCUCACUGCCAUUGACUCCUCCUAAGCCAAUACAGGUGUUGCACGAGGAGUCGUGGCUGUGAAAGUGGGGUUCUUGCCCUGCGCCUUCUCGGGCUCCUGUUCAAGAGACAGGAAUUUGGUGUCCCCUGACGUGACUGUUGAGCAGGAGGCACUGUCCUCCUGCCCAAGUCCUAUCACUGUAUUCAGGUGGCGGGAGCUGGCAGCUGGAUUUGGGCCGGAAGUGAGCGCUUGACUUCUUGAUAGCCCGGCCCCACUCAGCAGAGUUAGGAACAGGAGGGAACUGCAGGGAGGGGACUCAGGAAGAAGCCCAGUGUGGGUUUUGUCCUUUGGCUCCUCUCUGCUCCACCAUCACCCUGUUCGUCCAUCCCCCAAAAUGAAUUGGGAUGUGUGUGCUUUGUGAGUGUUCAUGUUUGUGUGCUUGGAACUGGCAUAUUAUUGAGCCAAACCCUUCUCUGGCCCUAAGCUUAGGAGGUGCAGCAAACAGCCUUCCCCUUCCCCCAAAGACUGAAGGGUGUUUGAAGUCCCCACGGGAGCUGCAGGUCUCAGUUCCGGGGGCUGGAGGCUAUUUUAAGUUUGACGCAACAGGCUGGUGCUUGAGGUGUUGUUGAAUCCAGCCAGAGUGUGUGAAUAUAAAUUUUCCAAAAGGUAGAAUGAAAAACCCUCUUCUUCUAAGGAAAGGAUCCUUGUGAGAGGCUCUAGGGUCUAGGUGACCCCUACUGUGGUCUGUGCUGAUCUAUGGCAGGUGUGUGGUGUGCUCUUAGAGAAAUCAUGGAGCCACAAUGAAGCUCACCAAGCUGUCAGUGGGAUGGGAAGCAGCCACACAAAGAUAUGUGCAGUUUCCCAGAAACGGCAACAGCAAACUCCUGACUGUUGGCCACUUGGCGAUCAUUGCCUCCAUUCCUCUGAGGUGUGAGGAUUUCAGGGAAAAAUGAAGGCCAGACACCCUGACAGAAUCUGAGAUCCUUUUGGGGAGACGCUAGGGAAUGUUUGCCAUGACAGGUUCUGCCAUUUGGACUGGUCCAGAGCUUGGCCUCAGUCCUUGGAUCUGCCCUGUGGUCCUGCAAAGCCCAGACAGCUAGCUGGAUGUGUUCCUACCUGUGGACCAACCCCACUCCUGUUGAGCUGCCACAGGGAUCCUGUCUGCCAUCCACCUCCUGGAGUAUCUUCUGAGAAGGAGACACUCAGAAAACUGCCCUCCCAACUAGGGAAAAUGGGAGGCCUUCUCUCCUGCCACUUGGGGCUGAUGGAGACAGGUAGUAACAACCACAAGAUGCUCUAUCCCCUCAUGUGUGAAUGAGUAGGUCCCACUUCCUGCCACUUCCCAGUGCUCAUGCCUCAGCUUCCAGCCUGGCAGGGCAGAUGUGCAAAGGACUGGCCAGAACUCCCUGCCCUAGAUGAGCUUCAGGGGAAAUUCAAGAGCCAGAUCCGUAAUUGGGUGCUGAUAUUCUGGAGCAGCUUGUGUGUUUGAGGAGAAGUAGCAGAGUAGUAAUAGGCACCCCACAUGUGCCCCCCAGGAAGCCAGACUAGAACCUUCAGCCCAGCCCUCCUUUGCUGGAAUAGGUUCUAUUCCUGGCAAGAUGCCUCAGGUGUUUGGAAUGAAGGGAAGGGGAGUUGGGACAGUCUCUCUUGAGAUCAGGAUAUAGAAUUUGAGGGCCUGGGGGAGAGCUAUACCAAACCCUCCCAGCUCCUGGUCUUUUCUGUACACCCCCAUACAGCCUCUUAUCAACACUUAGCUACUGAUUGUGCCCCAUGGCUUGAAUUUGGAGGGUUAAAUAGGGUUUGACCUCCACCCCAUUAACCCUCUCCCCAGAUGCUCUGCACCUCUACUAGGGCCCUGGCUGGGGCUUUUAUCUUCAACUAGGCCUCCCCUUCUCAACCCUUUUUUUUUUUUUAAUAUACUUAUUUUGCUAUUGGGGUGGGGAAUAUCAAAAUGAAAAAGAUCACUUUUAAAUGGUAGUUUUUAUAAGAUGUUAUAAACUUGUAUCUUUUUACCAUUAAAGUACAGUGUAUGUUCCUUCGUGAUAUAUUUAGGAUAUUUAAAUAAAAAGAAAAUGGGA